UUUGUUCUGUUUUAUGUAGGGAUUGUCUUGGACUUUGGAGAUGGUGUCAGUCACACAGUUCUUAUCUACGAAGGUUAUGCUCUUCCGCAUGCAAUCUUGCGUUUGGAUAUUGCAGGGCGUGAUCUCACCGAUGCCUUGAUGAAGAUCUUGACUGAGUGUGGAUACUCUUUCACGACAUCAGCUGAGCACAAAAUUGUGAGAGACAUGAAGGAAAAGCUAGCUUAUAUUGCUCUUGAUUAUGAGCAAGAGCUAGAAACUGCGAAGACUAGCUCAACUGUUGAGAAGAGCUAUGAGCUACCAGAUGGACAGGUUAUCACAAUAAGAGCUGAAAGAUUCCAAUGCCCUGAAGUUCUCUUCCAGCCAUCCAUGAUCGGGAUGGAAUCUCCUGGAAUCCAUGAAACCACAUAUAAUUCGAUCAUGAAGUGUGAUGUUGAUAUUAGGAAGGAUCUCUAUGGUAACAUUGUCUUGAGUGGUUGUUCCACUAUGUUUCCAGGCAUUGCUGACAGGAUGAGCAAGGAUAUUACAGCAUUAGCACCGAGUAGCAUGAAAAUUAAGGUUGUAGCACCACCAGAGAGGAAGUACAUUGUUUGGAUUGGGGGCUCCAUUUUGGCAUCUCUUGGCACAUUCUAACAGGUAAAAAUAAUGCAUCAUCAUAGUUACA